AUGUUAAUCUCUGGAGUAACUUCGGAAAUGAGUAAAUUAAAAGAAAAAAAGUUUCCGCCUGUUGAUCGUCUUCGAACAUGUCCAUUACUAUUACGGGUGUUUUGUUCAUUAGAGCAACAUCAUUCUAUCGAGUCUUAUACUGGUGGUAAUUCACCUGAGAAUGAACUUCAGAUAUAUACAUGGCUUGAUGCUUCGUUAGCAGAGUUAAGUCAACUCAUCAAAGAUGUUCAUCCGCAAGCAAGACGUCAUGGAACAAAAUUUGAGUUUUCCAUUGUUAAACCAAGCGAAGAUUUGUAUAAACAGUUUAAAUCUGAACAAUGUGGCCAAACUCAAGUUGGAAAACGUGGUGAAGAUGAUCAUAAACGAUUGGCAACGUUACCAUUUCAAAUUGGCGAUUAUUUCGAUGUAGCGAUUGUUGAACGAAAACAGAAUAGAAGAAAUGGUUCAUAUUGCGGGGGAAGAGGACAACAAUAUUCUCGAGAUGGCGAACAAGAUAGACGUGCAGGACGUGAUAAUUACAAACAAUCGCAUCGUCACGAGGAUGAUCGAUUUGUUCGUCCUAGAGAUCAUGGUUUAUGGAACAAUAACGCAGAAUGUGGUAGUGUUCAUUUUGACAAACGAGAACGUGAAGAAAGCAGUUCGAAAGAUUUUCGCGGCACCAGACAACAUCGUGAUAGUGGAUAUUUUAACCAUAGAAAUAUAGAUAUUAAUCGAAGUAGUUUUUCUUCUCCUCCAACUCGGCGCGGUGAUAAUCAUAGAAAAAAAGAUCCUAUGGAUCAGGUAGAUGACAAUAGUCAUUUUAGAUUCAAUGAUAAAUUUGUUAAAAGCGGCUUUUCUACACCACCUCGUGAGAUAUAA